GGCGCUGAACUGAAUUGCGCGUGACAGGCAGCGGGGCCCCGAGCAAGAGGGAGGGGAAGGAGGCUGGGAACUUUCGUUACUCCACUUGGAGGGAAGCUCAAGCGGCGGCGGCAGCAGCAGCAGCAACAACCACCGCAAUAGUAGCAGCCGCGCGGGGGACGCGCGGGAGGGAAGUGGGCGAGCCAUGGACCUGCGAAAGGUGAGCGAGCUGCGGGCCUUCGUGAAACUCUGCAAGGAGAACCCGGCCAUCCUGCACAGCGACGACCUGCGCUUCUUCCGCGACUGGGUGGAGGGUAUGGGAGGUAAAAUACCACCAGCUCCAUGCAACACUUCUGAGGAAGGAGCUGCGGAAGGAGCUGCAGAAGGAACACACGAGGCAAAAGCAGAAGAAAAGAAGCCAGAGGAACCGCCAAAGCCAUCAGAACCCGAGAGUGAAGAGAGUGAUGUGGAAAUUGAUAAUGAAGGAGUGAUUGAACCAGACAGUGAUGAACCUCAAGAAAUGGGAGAUGAAACUCUUGAGGUAACGGAAGAGAUGAUGGACCAGGCGAAUGAAAAAAAGAUGGAAGCUAUUAAUGCACUAGGUGAAGGUGAACUUCAGAAAGCCAUUGAUUUGUUCACAGAAGCCAUCAAGUUGAAUCCACAACUGGCUAUCUUGUAUGCCAAACGAGCCAGUGUCUUUGUGAAAAUGCAGAAGCCAAAUGCUGCCAUCAGAGAUUGUGACAGAGCCAUUCAGAUUAACCCUGAUUCAGCACAGCCUUACAAAUGGCGAGGGAAAGCCCACAGGCUGUUGGGUCACUGGGAGGAGUCUGCACAUGACCUGGCAUUAGCUUGUAAACUGGAUUAUGAUGAAGAUGCUAGUGCCAUGCUGAAGGAAGUGCAGCCCAAAGCUCAGAAGAUUGCGGAACACAGAAGAAAAUAUGAACGAAAGCGUGAAGAAAAAGAAAUCAGGGAAAGGAUGGAAAGAGUAAAGAAAGCUCGAGAAGAACAUGAGAGAGCUCAAAGGGAGGAAGAGGCUCGACGACAAACUGGAGGACCUCAGUUUAGUGGCUUCCCAGGUAUGUGUUCAUUUCAAAGCAUGAAUAGCAACAGAGAAAUGCUAUGGGUCAUAGCAUUUUGUUUAACUUGCUACUAGGGCAAAAGAAAAGCUGUACUUAUGUAAGUUUGGUUUUUCAAACAAGAAGGAAAGUUGUUUGGCUGCUGGAAGGGAAUAUCUGUAUGUGAAGGGAACACAUAACUACUCAUAGGAACAAAACACUCACUGUAGUGGCCUAGGAGACCAUGAAAGUGACUUGGGGCUAGAAAAGAGGGAGAUGUUAUUGAGACCUGAAGAGCCUCACCCAUAUCAUCCUGUUCCCACACUCUGUCACUCCUUUGCAACCAAAGAGAGAGCCUUUCUGGACAUGGCAUGCCAUCUGUAGGCACCUCCCCAGAAAGGCUCACCUCACUGCUUUUAGGGACCAGAGAACCUCUUUUUAUUCUUUUUGUAUUUUAGGUAUUUUAAAGUCUUAACUGCUUGCUGUUUUUAAACUGCUGGUUGUUUUUUAUGUGGUUGAUUGUUUCUUAAUCCUUUAUUUUAUGAACUGCCCUGGAACCAAAUCUAAUGAAGGGUGAUAAACAAACUUGCUAACAGCAAAUCUUAGAAAUCAUGUACACUGCAGAAUUGCUUGCCCAUACAGCCUCCUCUCUUGUGUUUUGCUUUAUUGGUAAGAUCGUACAGAGUAUGUACAACUUGCUGUGCUGAAGUAAUCCUUCACAUACAAUUUGCUAAAGAGGCCAUGAUAAUACAUUCCUCUGUUUAUGAAAAGACAAAGCCUUGAAGUAGCAUAACUAUUUCAUAGGUAACCUCCAGCUGAAAGUGACUGUAUUUGGACCCGGAGGACUAAGUGGGUAUUAGAACACAGAAUAAAGUCUUGAUAUUUGUUCAAGAAAAGUUUUAGUUCCCUUGCUCUCCUGGCUAUAGGAGGCUUCCAAAGAAUGGUAAUAUGUAAGGAUGUAACACAUAUGUGAAAGCAGGGUAUGCUUUGCUGUAGGGUUUGUACCCACAGGUGCCAUGGAGCCCCCAAAGGCCUUCAUUGGCACCUGCCGGCACCAUGCUGCCUGUGAGAGCUGGGUUGGUUUCCCUUGAUAUUUUUUUGGGGGGGGGGGUUGUAGAGGAUUUUUUAAUGGCAGAGCAGUUGCUUCAGCUGGAAAGGCUGCUUCCUUGCAUUCUGGUUAGUUUGGCAGGAUGUUUAAGCAGUGGGUUAGGAAGUGGCAGGGAUGGCCCAUCCUGUUUGUUUGCUUGUUGCCCACCAGCUAGGUGGAACUGGCAGCAGGCACUUGUUGCUUGUUCACCCCAUGUAGGGCCUCCAUCUGUGUGUGUGAUUAAGAAAGAUGCACUUUGGAGAGAGAGAAGAGGUAUGUGUGACAGAGAAGGAAGCAGAUGUAUGUAUGUAGUGCAGUCUCUAAGGGUGGGAGGGCAGGAAGUACGAAUGUGUAGUCUCAGAAAGAGGAAUGGAUGCACUUGGACAGAGAGAGGGAGAGAGAUGUGUUUGACUGGGCAUAUGUGUGUACAAGAGAGAUUUAUGGGUAUAUGUGGUCUAUUUGGGUGCUCUGUGCAUGCACGUGCAUAAAAGUGUGUGUGAUGUGACCACUUUGUAUAUUUUUCCUUGUACUGCAAAAUGCUCCUCAUUACUAGACAGCAACAUCACUGGUUUGUGCAUGGGUAUUCAAUAUAGUGUGCCUUCUACAAUCAGAUCUAGCAGGACAUAGCUGACUUCCCAUGGUAAGCAUGAGAUUGUCCAGGGGGUUGGGGAGAAAGCAGCAAUGACUGUACUCACUCUAAUUUUUUUGUUAUGCCACACCCCUCAUGACAACCAUUUUGCAUUAUGCCACACACCAUGCGGUAGCCAUUUUGUGACUAGCAUCCAUGACACUUUCUCAAAAUGUGCCCUCUGGUCCAGAAAGAUUGUUUAUCCCUGCUCCAAGUCUAUGUUUUACAUUUGCAGGUUUUCCUGGAGGCAUGCCUGGGGGCAUGCCUGGAAUGGGGGGCAUGCCUGGAAUGGGGGGCAUGCCUGGUCUUAAUGAAAUUCUCAGUGACCCUGAAGUUCUUGCAGCCAUGCAGGAUCCAGAAGUCAUGGCAGCUUUCCAGGAUGUUGCACAGAACCCAGCAAACAUGUCAAAGUACCAGAAUAACCCCAAAGUCAUGAAUCUCAUUGGCAAACUAUCAGCCAAAUUUGGAAAUCAACCCUAAAAUCCCCUUCCAUUGCAAGAGGUGGGGGAUGUUGCAAUAACACAAACCAUUGUACCUCUAAUUCUCCGAAGAGAAUUAGGGUGCUCUGGGUAGAAUCCCUUUUCCUCCUCCCUCCAUGCUUCAGAAAUGGCAGUCAGUUUGAUUGUAUUCAGGUUUUAUUUCAAAAAAAUACAUUUCCCCCUCUCAGCACCUUUGCCCAGGAGUUUGUCUUACUCAACAGUAGUGCAGUUUCUUUUAAAUUUUUAAUAAUUGUAAUCUUCCAGUAGAUUGUACCAAAAUGUGUUGGGUGGGUGGGAGGCUAUUUUUGGAGGGGCGUGUGGUUAUUUUUUUUUUUAAGUAAUAGCGUUGGGUUUCUGCUUCCCAGUAACUGAACUCCUUUGUAAGAGCUUGUAACAAUUCUUAAGUUCUAACAUAAGUGAAGAUCAGUAUUUUUUAUUUUAACUGAAAGAAAUAAUACACAAUUAAUAUUCUUUUUUUUAUAUUCACAAGGGUGACUUAAAUAGUUGCAGUCAGAUUCUUCACAGAUCAGAUCCCUGCAGCAGUGGGUUAGGCUUUUAAUAUGUUGGUUACAAAUGCUGUUGAGGUUGGACUACUUAUACAAUCAAUGUUGAGCCGAUUAACUUGUUAAUUGUCUCUGUCAAGUUGUGUAGGGGGCAAAUGUUUUUAUUAACAUUAGUCAGCUGAAUAACUUCAAAAGGUAGGAGCCUUUCUGUAACUACUGAACAUUAUUCUUGGUUUAAUUUCCUAAUAUUGUAGGAGGAAAACAAAUUGGUUGCAUUCAUUCUUUAAAUAAUUCAGAAUGAAUAUAUACAGCAUAGAUCUUAAGAUUGGUGAAGUUCUGGAUUCUCAUUUCAUGGAAGCUCUAAUUACAUAUCUUUUGCCAGAACCUUAUAUCUUUUGCAGCUGAGUACUUCCCCAUUUCCAUAUAUCCUAGUUAGAGUAUCAAAUACUGAUUUUUAUAGGGCGGGGUUUGUUUGUCACACUAUCAUAUUGAUACUUGUGGGGCUUGAGUUUGAAAGGAAGGAGAGAAGGAAGAUCUUUGUUGGAAUGGCAAAUCUUCAGUAUAAUUACAGCAUGUGUAUUCAUUGGACACUUUGCUGAAAUGUUCAUUGAUAACUAAUACAAUUAAAUCUGUUAUUUUCUGUCUACUAAAAUUUUGAUUCCUGCUCUUAAUGUUGGAAACUUUGUUAUAAUUACGUCUGGGUCUCUUCUAGGGCUUUUGAAUGUUUCCUGUUCUGUGCUCUUGUAAUUUUGUCUGAACCCAUAAGUGAUGUAUGCUUUCUGUUUGUUUAAAUCUGAACAGAUUUAGGAACUCACUUCUAAAAAUAAACUCCAGAAAGUUUUUUCCCUUCAUACAAUAAUAAUCUCAUUGAAUGAAAAAAGAUGAAUUCAUUUUUGCUUAAGAAUUAGUUCUGAAAAUACUUCUAGUUGCCUUUCAAAACAAUAAAGACUGGUUUUGAAUAAACUUUUUUGUUAAUUAUUGCAUGUGGUGCUUAUAUAAGUCUUAAAACAAAUUCAUGGGAAGCUAUUCCAAGUUUAAAGUUGGAGGGGUUAUUAUCUGUCUAUUAUUGUCCAUUCUGGGUUGCUCAAACAUUGGUGCUGUCUUUUCUUUUAGCAGAUCAAGAUGAUCAGGUGACAGCAAAAACUGCAAUGUUUUUAGUGGGGGCAAUUAGAAUAAGAUGUAAAUCCCCGAAAUGUAUUUUCUAUAGUUAAGUUUUUACCUCUAUCUUCAGUACAGUUUUUAUUUUAAUUUUAGUGCUAUGGCUAGUGGAUGAUGCAAAUAAAGAUUCUUCUGAUUC